AUGGAUGACGAAAGCGAAAACGAAAACUUUCGAAAGAGUCUUUGGCAAACCAGACACAACCAAGAAUUCACAGACUUUACAUUCACCUGUGGAGCUUCCCAAUUCCCAGUCCAUAAGGUCAUCGUCUGCAGUCAAUCAAAGGUCUUCCAUAGAGCAUGCACCGGGCAGUUCGAGGAGUCUUCCACGAACACAUUCAAUCUGUCUGAGUUUUCUGAUGAUCAUGUACAGUGGCUUAUAGACUUCCUUUACACAGGAACAUACCCCAUGGAAACCUCCAAGGCUCAAACUCUCGCCGACCACACUUACAUGUUCGCCAUGGGUGACAUGUACAGAAUUGAACCACUCGCUCAAUAUGCAGCGACUAAAUUUCGUACCGGAAUUUCCCACGGCCUGAACUUGGAAGAAGUUCUCCCUUUGAUCCCCCAGGUUUAUAGCUCGACCCCAGAGCAUAGACAGGAACUACGGAAAAUGGUGGUGAAGUUCAUGAUAUCUCCGGCUCAUGGGAAAAAGCAGGCAAUAGAGGAGAGAGAAUGGUAUGACGACAUGGCUCAGCAGUGUCCCGAGUUCAUCAAGGACCUGUUUUUCACUUGCAUGGAACGGUCCAGUUCUCGAGCGAUGUUUUUUCAUUGA